AAUUUUAUUACCAGCAAAACGAUCCGAGUUCAAUUGUCAACUCUCUCUCUCUCUCAUGGCGGAUGACGCCGAGGAGGUUGCAGAAGUCGGUCCUCUUGAACAGCUCCCACCUCCUUUCCUGGAGGUGGUGUGCAAGAGCUCCGGCAAGCGGAGGAGGUUCGCGGCCGGCACGGAGGCCGGAUUUGCCGUGCGGGUGAUGAACAAGAAGCUGGAGGGCGGGUCUCCGUUUGCUCUCUACAUUGAGGCGGUCAAAGAAGGAGAGGAAGGCGUGGCUUUCGGCCCUAAUUCGGCUCUGGUGGACUAUGGCUCUGGAUGGAGGUUGCAGACGUUCACUGAAGAGGAUUAUGCUGGCGGGGACAAAGGCGAAGAGUUUCGGCAAAAGAUGGCGCGGCCGGCGCCUUUCCAGAAUGCCCACGGAUCAGGUGUUGCGAUGGAUGUAGGAAAACCUGUCAUCAGUUUGGCAUACAUCGGGAAAAUAUUAGUUGCAUUCAUUUUGAUAUUUGUUCUUGGUGCAAUUUUCACUCUGGCUCUUGAGUAUCUUCCCGUGUUAAUUUUGUCAAUCAACUCAAUUAUGUAAAGAUCUACUAUCCAAGUCAAAUGGAAUCAUUGCUCAUUUCUUUUAGAAAAUGCACAUUUCCUUGUCA